CAGAAAUUUAAAAAAACCUUCAUAUAUCCUUAUUUGCCAAUGGAUUGUUGACGUAUGGAAUGAUAUUCCAGCCGAUAUGGUUAUUAAUUCAUUCAAAAAAUGUGGUAUUCCUAAUGGCGUUGAAAAAGACUUCGAAAAACAAAUGGUGAUUUCAAUGAAAAAUGAAGAAAAUUUACCGAUUCCGAUUGUUUAUAUGGAAAAUUUGAAAAACAUGCCCGAGCAUUGGUUA